AUGGGGCUGUUCGGAAGAAAUUCGUCUGUCAAAGCCAUUAAUCUGCGAAAUAUUUGGAGAUUGGCAAACAAGUAUGGUGGAUCUUCUAAACGAGUAGUCAACUGUAUUUCGUGGCGUUGCAGUUCAGGUCAUCGUGUUCACGUCGCUACUCCGCCAGUUUUCGACUCCAAGGUCGGAUUCACCGACUACGAGAAAGAACGCAGAGAAUUUCACCUUGAGGUUCCAGAAUAUUUUAAUUUUGCCGAGGUCAUUGAUGAAUGGGCAGAGAAGGAAAAGGUUGGGACAAGUUUUGUACACAUAGUGCAUGUAAACAAUAAUGACGAUGUCAUGUCACAUGGUGUAAUAGUGCCGUGAUACAUUACAAGGCGGCUGAACACAGUUUCCCUAGAAUUUCUUUAUCCCGUAAUUUACUGUGCUUGUUAACAUCUGCUUCAUGAUGAGAUAUGAGGCCAAAAAUCUUUUAAAGAAAAAAGUGCGACGACAUAAGCUGAGAAAAAUGCCCAGACGUUGUCGGUAGAAAAUAAAUUUGACACACACGUAAUCUCAUGCAAUAACAACAGCAAUGGGCGCGAUCCAUUCAACCAAAAUUCAGACCGGUCCGACCGGCAAAAGAGGACCACCUCAAAAGGUGGACCAGUUUUUUCGAAACUUUUCCGGUUGGACCGAACCGAUCCAUUGAGUUUUGGACCGAAAUUUCCGGAAAUUUUGGUUGAAUUGAUGGCGCCCAAUAACAAACACACCACCAUGCAGCGCACACAAGUGUUGAGCCUGUAGCGAACUUUGGGAGGGAUGUGAGAGUGCUGGGGUGCUUACCAUUUGACAGGAAAAUCCGGUUGGGGUGUCAAAGGCCUUAUUGUAAGGAUUUCACAUUACAGUAGAAAUUUCAUGGUUUGAAUCCAAAAAAAGGGCGAAUUUGUGUAGCGUGAGUCUGGAACCGUGAAGGAACCGAGAAAUUGGUUAAUGGUAAGCAAAAUUCCGUUUGGUUUGUACCAACCAGAAUGAAAGGACUACCUCAAAACGUACUCCUAAAUUUUCGGUUGGAAUUUCCGAAAAGUGACCUUACCAGUUACCUUCCAUCCAGAAUUUCCAAAAUUUUCUGUCAAAUGGUAAGCACCCCUGAUGUUUUCAGUUACCUUAUUUUUUUGUGACACCCUAGUGCUAGGGUAAACCCUACCUCAGUGCUCGGGUUACCCUAGCAAGAGGAUAGGGAUAACUGGCCUACCCGAGACAACUUUUCUCCACCAUGCGUGACUUGUAAUCUUGACAAUUGAACAGUUAUCCAAUUUCUGAGCUAAAUUAUAAACAUCUGAACAAUAUAAGGUAUUUCUGUAUCAGAUUUAUUGUGAAUUUAACAUAUUUUUCAUCGAGAACUUCAAGUUUUAUUUCAAAUCUUGGAUGUUACAAAGAAUGCCAUGCAUGAUGAAACACGUCAGUAAAGGUGAUAAAGUUAACCUGGGUGAUUGGGUCGGAUUGGGUAACCCUACAUGUGAAAUUUGCUUGUAAACCAGAGCUAACUUUAACCUGCUUGCUAGGGUAACCCUAGCACAAGGGUAACCCUCUCUCCUUGUAAACAGGCCCUAACUAAACAUGUUUAAUUAAACUAGGUUAAAAAAAGAUGAAAAACAGUAACGGAAAAAUCAGCCUUUUACACAGAAUUUAAAUGAACUUUAAUAUACAGUUAGCGAUUGGAAAUUUAGUGUUCUGAAGACGUUGCGAAGAGUUCAGUCUAACACAAACACACGAACACGAAGGACUAGGACCUCAUCUCCAGUGACUUCCCCGACUAAAAUACGAGAAUUUGGCGAAAAUGUGUCACUUAAUGCUGUAAUGGCUCAAACGUUUCUACCAGGUGUGAGAAAUUGGAACACAGGCGUGUGUAGGCGUGAGCUCAAAGUUUUUGAUCCACAGGCGUGAGAAUCACACCUUAGGCAUGACACAUGACAGGUACAUGUAUAUGGGGCUUAAUUUGUAUUUUAAAAUGAGGGUCGCCAGUUGUCAGCCAUAGGCGUACUGGCCGGGGGGGCGAGGGGGGCUGUAGCCCCCCCAAAUUUUGGGCAACUCAGAUUUUUUGGGCAGCGAGAGAAAAUUUGGGCAAAGCCAGUUUUUAAAGACGUCUCCAUGUUUAUUUAAUUAUUUUAAAGACCUGAAUAUUAACCUGAAGUCGGCGUAAUAAUCCAGUUACAUUACAGUGGUUGCCUAGCAUGUGAUGAGUAAUUUACACAUUUGCAUUUUUUUUUGGUUGGGCACUAUACUGCACUGCACUAGCUGGAAUGGGCUAUUUCCAGUCGUGAAUUGAUUAAAAUAAACUUUCGAAUAACUUUCUAGAAUCAUCUCUACUCGAAGAACAGAGUAUGGCAGAUAGCAUUUAGCAAAGGGUAUGAAAAUGAAGAAGUGGCUGACUAAUUCUCAGUUUGAAUUACGAAAAGAAUUUUGAUUCUUUUAAAAAGUCUAUCGAGCGGUUUAAAAUUAUUCGCUAAUUUGUUAAAGUAGACCGAAAUGUUUACAAAACCGCUAACAAGAGUGUCUCGAUACAUACUAAUCAAAUCCUUCUUUCGAUUCUAGCAAUCAAGCAGAGCUAUCUCCACGAUCUUUCACACAUGUUUUUAAAAAGAUUAAAACUACUAUGAGGUGAAAUUGCAGGUCAAAAGCGCUUCGUUUUCUACAGAUAACGGCCAAAAAUCAAGAUUUUCCUGUUCUUACCGUAUUUCUAUGGGAGCCCAUCAAAUGAUGGGCUCCUGAUUUCUAAUAAUAAAAACUUCAUUCCAAAAUAUCUCGAUAAGGUUUUGCUUAAACUUCACGAACAUCGAGGGGACCGUAUUGAAGAAAAAAGCUCCUGUGAACGAUUUUGUAAGGUUCCCGUACCGGGAAUCAUUGCUGAAGUAAAAUAGGUAAUGGGCGGGGGAGUCAUUUCGUUGCUAUGACAACUCCGAUGUCAUUGCAACUCUGAUGAUGACAAAUACAACUGUGGUCGCAAUUUUUCCAAAUGUUUGUUUAUGGUGACGUAGUUUAUGCUCAGACUUGGUAUUGACCCUGAAAAACCGUAUCGAGCCACCUUCAUAUGGCAGGACGGCCUAUGUUGUUGCAAUAUGGCCCUCAUUUCUUUUCGACUCUUUCGGAAAAAUUUGGGCAACUUGCGAGAGUUUUUUGGGCAAAUGGUUUACUGCCCCCCAAAAAAAAAAAAUUUCCCGUACGCCUUUGUUGUCAGCUGUGUCAAAUUUAUAUCUGAGGAAAUGACAAAUGACUGGAUUUUGGGCGAAUAACCAAAUAGAUUCAAAACUUUAGGCUUGUUUUCGUUCAUCCAUGUUGACAUGGUUGUGAUUGAAAUCCUAGUUACACAGGUAACCUGAUAAUAUAAUGUCAUGUUUUAAAAUAUAUUUUGUCUGUGCUAAGUAUUUGAGCUUUAUACCAGCUGCAAUCUUGGACUCUUAGGUAACACCUCAAUGAAUGUUAACAAACCACAAUCUAUCAAACUGUGUUCAGCCACCUUAAGAGAUCUACAACCUUCUAUAAACAAUAAUUUAUGUUAAUAUUUUGAUUGAUAGGUAGCUUUUGAGAAUCUAAUGGUUAUGUGGCGAGCAUGAUAAUGUGCUAGCAGGAGGCAAAGCUGCAAGUGGUGUGUCUCUUUUUGUGGCCUAUGUGCUGUCUUUUUAUGAUAUGUCCCCAAAGGAGAGUUAUUGCCCGCAGGUUUUGUCCAUCGGGGCAGUCACAAGGGCAGUCACAAGGGCAGUGUUAAUUCAAGAGAGGCAUUUACAAAAUCAUUGAAAACAAUUAAUUGUUGUAAAUCAUUUUUUAAUAUUACGUAAAAUGGAAAGUUGUUACAAUUCCAAUGUCUUGCUUUUUUGGCUGACAUGGAAUCCUAAUAAUCAAUUGUCUGGAUCGAUGGUGUGGAUUACCAAGACGUACCUAAUUUUUGACCUGGCAGGUGCGAAACACAGGGGCACAGAUCGUAGGUUACAAGUUCAGGUCACUUCUCUAUUGAUAAGUAACUGAGAUAAGCAGUUUCUCCUUAAGCUAAAACUCUAUUUCAGAUUGUGAUUAGGACUAGGAGAUACUUUUAUGUUGUUUAUUUACCAUAGCACUGUGACCUGUACUCAAACCUGCACUUGUGAACUGUGACUUGUGACCUGCAUUUUGUUUUGUGCCUGCCUACACUAUAUGGAACUUGAUUCACUCAUGUUCCUUGCCGGCUAUGCAUGACCUGUUCUUAGCAUACAUUGUUUGUCCAACCAAAAUGUGAGUAAGUAUAAGUAUUACACUAACCUGUGCAGCAGACAUUACAGGUAUUUUAAUAUUGGGGCCGAUCAGUUGGGGAAGAAAUAAUGGAUUCUGAGAACUGGCCAUACAUAACUUAUCAGUGUUAAUAUCAGGAGUUCCAUACAUUCCAGUGGAAUGUCAGGGUAAUAUUCUGAUAAAGCAUUCUUCCAAGGAAUUGAAUGUUGUGAUUGUUAUUGUUGUUUUUUUUUUGUCAUGUUAACAUGUGUAGAAUGGAAACAGAGCAAAGGGACACCCAGCGUUUUGGUGGGUUGAUGAUAAAGGAAAUGAAAUAAAGUGGACAUUCCAAGAACUUGCCAAACGAAGCAGAAGGUAAAUUCGAGAAUGAGGGGACCUUUUACCGCACAUCGUUUUUUGUCCAGUUGAUAAUACUGACAAAGGAAGUGCACAAUUAUUGAUUUAGGGUAGCUGAAGAGUGGCCUCUUUCAAAAACGGUCAAAGAGGCAUCUUCCUCAGAAGCAUUCUGUCUUCCUUAAUAAUGGAUCAAGAGGAAUCCACUUGUCGGGUACAUUUUGUAUUAGCAAAAAAACCUUGUAACAAAAUGUAAUGGCGGAUCCAGGGGAGGAGCCCUGGGCCUCAGGCCCCCCGUAUUUAUAGACCAAACUGAGACCCGAAGGAACGAAAAAUUUUUGUUGAGACCAAGGCCGGACCUUUUAACUGCGGCAAACUGUUUCAAAUGUGACAAUAGAUACUUAACGUAGCUGAAAAAUGUUUAAACAUUCGAUUUACAAAAACGCGCGUGAGAUUGUAUACAAUAAAAUCAUAAUAACUGGGCGCAUGGACUUCAGAUAUAUUAAAACUGGGACGUUUCCAUUGGCGAGCCCAUUUUGUGCACGCUCUCUGAUAGUUGUUAUCGCAUGAUUUACUCAUAAUUUGUUUGUUUCAUUGUUGCUGCUGUUUCUGAAAGAACCGCCAAUGUUCUUGUGGGAGGUGGUGAAGUUCAAAGAGGAGACCGGGUCAUGGUGAUAUUGCCUAGACUUCCUGAGUGGUGGCUUCUUAACAUCGCUUGCUUACGAACAGGUAAAAUAAAUCAUUAUCACUACUUAAACUAGAUAGUAUUGAAUUAAAAUAAACUGUUACAGGAGCCUGAUGAAAGUAUAUUUUUGCUUUAUCAGUAUAUCUUUGCUUUAUCAGUUAACUCAGUGAAGAGGAUAGGGAUGGCCCAUGCGCAGUUCAUGUCCAAUCAACCUAGACACUAGCCUGAAUUUCCGACAUUACUUCGAGUCGCCUUCUCCCGCAGUGUCACUGUGGGAGUAAACGACUCGAAGUGGUGUCGGAAAUUCAGGCUACCAAUACACUUCAAUUUCUACUGGCUAAAGAUUGGAAGCUAGUGGUAUUUGUUGUAUUUAUGUGAAGAUUAAGAUGUGUAAUUUAGUCAUGGAUAUGUUUUGGUUUAAUUUUAUCCUUUGUUUAAAAUUUUUUUAUUGUGCCCAAAAACAAAGGAAAAUCAAAUUUUCCCUAGGAAUGCUAUCAAUUUUUAAACUUAUCAUAGCAAUUCAAGAUCCUUAUGAGGCUAUGUAGAGGACUGACAUAGUUAUACAUAGUUAUGAAUAAAAGGCAAACAUGAUGGCGAAAGAGUUUAAAAAAUUUAGCCAUUCUGUGCAUACAUUUUGCAAUACGUCGCUUACGGUACCUUACGGUAACCCAUACAUGCGACUACUAAACUCAAACAGAUUGCGUGGUCUCCCCGUUAUGUAAUGGAGUACCAAGAAGUGGUUACACUUCGUGGCUCGUUAUAUUUACAUUUGACUAAUGCGCCGUUUAAAUGGAGAAAACUUUUUCCGGGUAGAAGGGUCACUCGCACACCCGAGCUCCCCUAGGCGAGCCAACUUUUCCUACAUUUCCGGGAAAAGCGUGGCGAACCGUUCACAUGACAAACAAACCGUUGGCUUGCCUAGAGGGGUGGCCUGCCUAGCCGUCACCCUCCUAGUCGGGCCAACGUUUCUUCAGCCGGGUCAAAUCAGUCAAGAUGAGACAAUCAGAGCAUGCGCGACCGCCUUUGUCUGCUCUUAGCUCGGGCAAAGGGGUCAACUUUUUUGGCUCAUGUAGAUGCUCGCUAAAGUUGUCUCUGCUGGGAGAGUGACCUUCUUUCCCGUGACUAUUUUUCCUUAUAUAAGCGGGAUGUAAAAUUGCGGACGGGGAUGUCAGGUUAGCUCCCAGUUUUGUCCCAUUUUCUUUCUAGGGACAGUUAUCAGCCCUGGUUCAACUCAGCUACGAACCAGAGACAUUAAAUCACGCCUGUUGGCAUCCCACGCCACUUGUAUCAUAGCGGAUGCGGACAGCGCUAAAUUGGUUGAUGAGGUACAUUAGCACUUAAAAAAUUAUGUUUUAAACGUUAUUAGUUUAGAUUCCUCUGCUAGUACACGUGCUGGGAUUUGUCAAUUGUGCCGUAUCCAGCCGUACAGCCCGCUAAAUGUGAAAAUUUCCCUCCUUCGAGCCCGACCUCAGAGAUGUAGUAAAUAUGUUACUAACCUCGUUUUCUCGGUACGUAAGUGAUGGAUCCUAGUUUUUUCCUUUGGAUUCAUGACUCAUGCCCGACUCGUAUCAAUUUGUCGUAUUAAUUAAAUUGAAUAUGGUCGCAUGAGCAAGCAAUCUCGUUUUCAUGCGGGUGUUACUAAAUCAGUACAGAGUUUAAAUUUGGUGGCUGAUGUGUUGCGCCUCGUUUUGUAUAUUUUUGUAUAUUUUCUAUACUUUUGUGUUUCUUGGCUGUGAAAACCAUUUCAACAUAUACCCAACGUUGAGUGUUGAGACUGUCAACCAUCAUUAUUUAAAUGACUUUCUUCCUUGCAGGUUGCAAAAUUUUCUCCUUCUUUGAGAAAAAAGAUACUUGUAAGUGAAUUGGACCAGAAAACUGAAGACAGGUACUCAGCCUAGCUUCUUCAUUCACAUUACCCCAGCACUGACUGAUGAAUUGUUUUAUCCUUCACGGCUCAUUAGACUGGAAAACAGACAGGUUUUUCUUUUAACUUGUUAGACUAACCUUACCAAGGGACACUUACCCGUGUAGACGGCGACUGAUACCUGAUGGCUCAAAUGACUAAACAACCAUGUAGCGCUCAACUAUUCCAGGACCUUUAGCUUUGCGCUUUUGUGUUUUUUUUAGACAAUAGAGUUCCCGCAGUUUCUUUUUUUUGCAAAAAUUAACUCCAAGUUGAAAAAUAAAUAUUUUCACAAGCAUCAACCGAAAUUUUACGCGAAAUAUCAAUUGAGACGGUUUAUUAGGAACAGAAAACAACUGCGAAGUUAACCAUCAUAAAUAAUCAAACCCUGCCUUGGAGCAAUCCAUGGCUUGUGAACAUGUCUCCUAGUGAUGGAUAGGACGAAAAAUUGAGUCAGGAGAGAAGAGAAAGGCAAGGUGACGGGGAGGGAAAGAGGGAGAGGCCCUCGUGCCCCUUCCCUUAGUUUCCCUCCGCGUGAUGUUCUCGUCUGACUCCAACCGGACACCCAAUCGAACACACAAGGGUGAUAUAUAAAUGUAAUGGAAAGACGGCGGUAUUUGACAUAUGUUAGGUUUACUUCGAACACGCGUUAUGAUUUUUUCUCUCAGGAAAGGCUGGCUUCCAUUUAAAGAAUUGUACGAACAAGCCUCUUCAGAGCAUGAGGUUCGUAAUCAUGUAGUUGACGUUUUUAGUUCAGCUAAGUUGUUGUUGCCUUUGUUAACGAAUAGUUGAGCCUCAUCUUAAUAUUUUGUGCUUCUUUCAGUGCGUGAAAACGCUCAGUAACGAACCAAUGACGGUAUACUUCACAAGUGGAACUACAGGACAUCCAAAAAUGGCGGAACACACACAUGCCAGCUGCGGACUUGGGCAUAUAACUACCGGAAAGUAAGAGUCCUCCCAUUAAGUACCUCUGCUAUUUCCGCUGGUAAUCCUUGGCACACUGUCCUAUGGAUUUUACAUAAUUAACUUUCGAUGGGCCGUUUCUUUUUUUAGCAUAUUUUAUACCUUUUCCCUCGGGCGAACUUUAUUAAUCAUUGGCUUCUAAACAAUUAGCUACCCACUUGAGGUUUUUAAAUUUACUUGCUUCAUUCUACAGGUACUGGUUGGACCUCUCACCUGAAGAUAUACACUGGAACAUAUCAGACACAGGCUGGGCAAAAUCCGCCUACAGUAGCUUUUUCGGACCGUGGCUUCAAGGCGCCUGUGUAUUUGUAUAUCACAAGGCUCGCUUCGAGUCCCUUGCUAUUUUAGAGACGUUGCAAAAGUACCCUAUAAGUACUUUCUGCUCACCCCCAACAGCUUACCGAAUGAUGGUCCAAGAGGAUCUGGCCAGUUACAAGUUAUCACAGUUAAGGCAUUGUCUUAGUGGAGGGGAACCUUUGAAUCCGGAUGUUAUCGAGGAGUGGAGAGAUGCGACUGGGCUUGAGAUCCGAGAAGGUUACGGGCAAAGUGAAACCGUAAGUAUACAGCUGGAAAAUCUGAGACUGAUGUACAGAGUGAUUCAAAACAUUUUCAUAGUCACUUACUUAUCAAAAAAAGUGGUUUAUAGCGCUCAGGAAUAUAUCUGAAAAAUCCGUGAAACUCGCCGAUAAAUUACUGAACUAGCGACUCAGUAAUGGACUAAUCAGAAUUAUGAUUAACAGUAGUUUAUAGUGCUCAGCAAAAUGGGCCAGAACUAUUAUUAGCACUAGUUUAUGGACGGUGCUUAGGAAAAUUGUAAGAAAAUUUGAAGAACGUCUGGCCCAUUUUGGAAAAUCUAAGAAACUCGCCGAUAAAUUACUGAACUGACGACUCAGUAAUAAAUGGGCUAGAACUGUGAGACAAAGUAACGUCACAAGUUCAAUUUGUUUACCUGAAGUUAGCUCUAAACAGGGUGCAAAGAAAAUCAUUUUUACAGCUUGCUUUUCGGGUAAGCUGAAGCUACAACCAGUUGCAAAAAAACUGGAGACAUUGUACCUAAUUUGGACGUCAAGGGUACUUAUAAGGUCCACGCGUUUCAGACCCCUCCCUCUCCCUUCUCAAAGUUGGUCACAAUAGGAGAUCAUGCUGAAAUUUUCGAGCAACAACAUUGAAAAUAGGGAAGGGAGGGGGGAGUUGUUUAACCUCUGAGAUGUGUGAGUGUUUUCCUGGUGAAGUGUCUCAACAUUUUCGCAACUGGUUGUAGCAUUUACUAGCCCAGUCGUCAUUUCAACUAGCCUCAAAAGCUUUUUGAUGGGCAGAAUUGAUUUCACAGUUCUUCUGUUAUUCGAAUUCCUCAAAAAACAUCACUUGCCCGUCGGACAAGUUAAAAACAGAAUUCACUAGCCCGAUAGCAAAAUCCACUAGCAGACACUACUUUCUUUGCACGCUGUCUAAAGCUAUUUUUUUCCUCAGUGCAACAUCGCGUAUUUUUACGUGUAGAGCCAGAAGGAGUUAGAUAUCGUAAUCCAAAGAUAAGGUAUUUUGUUAUCUUCUAAGGUCAGUUAGUAGAGAAAUUUAGAAUUACAGUCACGGCAAACGGCAAACGUCAUUUUGUACAUCGGAUUGAUCAUGUUUUCCCUUAGUUACUUGUCGAUUACUGAUCAUUAGGUUUAUCUGCAAAGAUUAUAUUGGUUGGUUUUUAUCGGUUCAUUUCAUUAAUUAGAGACUUUUAGAUCCGAGUUUACCGCGAACCUCUAACCGCGGUUUGCGGUUACCCGUUGCGGUUGCACUUGCACUUUUUUAUUUGAGUGUCAAUGUAUUUAGCACGAAAGUGCUAAUUGGGGACACUAUUUUUACGUCUCCUAAUGGAGACGGGACCGCCAUUUUACGUGGUCAUCCGAGCCACGCGAAGGUCUAGCCGCUUGCAGUGCAAAGGAAGCACCUUCAUUUCUCAGUCAUUUUAAGACCCUGAGUAAUGGUCCGGCCCCGGGAAUCGAACCCGCGACCUCCCGCUUUGCAGUCAAACGCUCUACCGACUGAGCUAAUCCUGCCACGGUUAAACAUAAUUCAACGUUUAAACAUAAUUCGAUUUAGAUUGGCGGUGGAUUAAAGAAGUGGAUUCUCGUUUAUUUUUCCAUUUAGAAAUAGAAGAAAUAUCAAUCAAUGAAAAUAACAGAAAUUUACGGUAACACUGGGUUAUCUAGCAGCAAAGAGCAGUAAAUUCUUACAUUAGUUCUUCUUGUAAAUUUAUGGCCGCCAUUUUGAAUCAGCAGCCAUGAAUGGAACUUGUUUUCAAGAUCCAAUAGGAUUUAUCAAAUUUAGCAUUUCGUAAGAAUUUGGGCCUGGGUUAAUGGAUAAAGACUUGCUCCACAAGAUUUUUGUAUCAUUACGUGGGAUAAAACAAGAAUUAUAUGCUAAAAGCUUUCAAGUAAAUGACAUACGUGAAAACCUACCUCCCCACGUUGAAAACGCACGUCGUAAACCUCAAACGUGACGCGAAAGACUUGUCACGUGACCUCCAGCGGUUAGAGGUUCGCGGUAAAUUCGGAUCUAAAACUCUCUAUUAUUAAAUUGUUAACUUGAACCACACGUCAGAGCUUUGCCGUAAAGAUGUUUCUUAAUCUCUAUAGUGCAUCUAAAAGCUAACGCAGACGUACAGCGUCUGGUGUAAAAAUAAAGAGUUUGACUGGGACGAACGUCAGACCAUAGCUGUUACAACCGACUUUAAGAUUAAUGGAACUGGACACAACAAGUGUCUCAUACUCUUUCUUAAUGCUGUUGGUAAAUAGUUUGUUGCUGUUUCUCAUUAAAUUAGACCCUUUUGUGUGGUACAUUUCGCUGCCUUGAAAACCGCCCUGGGUCCAUGGGGAAACCUGCUCCUGGAUAUGAUUUGAAGGUUAGUAGCUAACUCUAUCGAUUGUAUGACUAAACUGUUUAUUGAAGGGACUGCAGUGUCACGGUUGUUGUCUCUAUUUCAUUUUGAUAAUGAUGCCAAUUACGCAACCUUGCUCGCUACGGAACUUGAGAAGUUACUUGUGCAUGACAGAACCACCGCUUCGUGUCAAACAAAUGUCUCCCAAGCAUUCAGGAGCCUAUGGUCAUGGGUUCCUGAGCAUUAUAUCAAACCAUAUCUUUCCUCACUGCAUACAAAAUUGGCCCGUGACGCAAGUAACUCCUUGAAGUUCCGUCGUGUUGAGCCAGCGCGCUGGUGGCAUGUUCUACUUCUGCCCUUGCUUAGAAUUGCUGGGUUUUUGCCCGGCUCUUGGCCAGUUCACAGUGGACGUGACUUCGAAGUUUCGCCCCGGCCCACCUCCCGCGGUAGCGGCUGACGUCGCAUACCCUCCUGGCAGUAGCGGUUUCCUCCCAUAACUUAGUUCCUCGUGUCGGGUCAAUAGCUGUGCAAUGGGAAUAUUAUACAAGCUUUACAAACAUCAAAAAUGGACUUUGAAAAUCUGUUAGGCUAACAAGUUUUCAAAGACGACCAUUGCAAACCUUUUCAAUCUUCUUCAACUUUGUCCAUCCAUGCCUCCUUGUGUAUUUGCUGUGUUAUUUAUACCUUCUUUUAAUGUUUUGAGAGGUUAUUUUUAUGUUUCACUCAAUUUUGUAGCAGUUCAGUCCCUACCGUUUGAAUUUUGUAAAAUUACUUUACCUUGAACUACACUGAUUUUUUCCUCUUGCCUCGAUUCAUGACCACUGGUAUCUCCAUAAGAGGAGUCCGUUUCAUGUCUUCAUUUGUCACUGGUCUCAGUGGGUUUGUUGUUUUUAUCAUUUGAUAAUCAGACGGCUACUUGUCGUUGUAGAUUGUGGAUGAGAAAGGUAAUGAAUGCCCCGCUGGAGUGGAGGGCGAAGUUGUUGUGUCGAUGACACCAAACAAACCAGUGGGUCUCUUUACUCGUUAUGUGGUGAGUACUGACGAAAGUUCCGGAGAAAUGAAUCAGAGAAACUCUGAAAAACAGCAAAGUACAAGAAGAGAACUUUAUUCCGAAGUAAAUAAGGCAAGUUUGUCUUAAAAAAUGGCGAAAGGAUUUACACAUCCACUGAGCAUCCAGAAAAGGUUGUCCAGGAAUGCUAUUGAAUUGCAAACAGUGUCACAAAAAUGUAUGUUAAUGAAUAGUGUUUGUACUUUAAUGUAUGUCAGUAACCCCUAUUGACUAUCAAGAUUGUGUUAAUGACUUUGAUGUUGGCGUUAAUGAACGUAUAUUUUCCUCUUUUGUAUGCCCAAUGACGCGUAUGAAUACCCAAAAGUGUUAUUGAAUGUUGAUUAAAAUGCAAAAAUCGUAAUUGAAUCUGAUUUAUGCGCAAAUGUGCGGAUUUUCGCGCUAAUGAAUGUAUCUUCGCACAACUGGUCGCCGUUUCACGCAAAUGAUUGCGUAUUUUCUCGUAAUGAACAGCAAAAGGUGCACAGAGAACCAACCACUUAAGUCAUAUUAUUGAUAUUUUUGUUUUUGUUUCACAGGAUGACCCAGACAGAACAGCCUCUGUCAUUCAUGACAAUUUAUACUGGACAGGUAACACUACCAGUGUGAGAAUUUAAUAUCCUUUGUAAUUGCUACCCGACACAACAUUUACAUUAAUCGUUCAAACUAAUCCAGACGUCUUCGUUCGGUUUCCACUUCGGUCAAUUCUCGUUGGGAAUUUUAGAAUGAUCUCCAGGGCUUUAAAUUACAACUCAGUGGCUGUUUCACCGUAUUGGAAAGUUGCCUUGUACUCAGUCUGACCAUUUACCGCUUUUUGCAGGUGAUCGAGCUAUUCGAGAUAGUGAUGGCUACUUCUACUUUGUCGGACGUUCAGAUGACGUCAUACUCUCUGCUGGGUUGGUAGUGAAUGUUUUGUUUUAAUGUUUAGCCAUCACAGGCCUUCUGCGUAAGAUUCACUGCAUUUAGAAAGCAGUUACAAUCAAUACGAGACUUAAUACUAAAAUACGAAAUUUUCAGUCACAGUUUUAUCCGGCUUGUUACUCGUGUUGCGUGCGCCUUAAUGAUGUAAAAUUACUGGGUGAAUAAACAUCAUCAUCAUCAUCAUCAUCAUCAUCAUUGCCGUCGUCGUCGUCGUCGUCAUCGUCAUCGUCAUCAUCAUCAUCAUCGCUGAUGACUACUAAGACUAUGUUCAUUACUGUACCCGAUAGCCUAUGCGCCGGCACAAAAAUUAUACCUGAUAGGGCUUCUGUUCACACUCAAGAACGGUUGUGGCGGCGCGAUUUCUGUAACGGAGCGAAGCUGCGCCGCGGCGAUCAGUAAAGUGGAGAGUCAGAUAUCGGAUAGGUGUUCACACUAUACAGGAGAGGCUAAAUGGUUGGAAUGAGUAAUGAAGAGCGCUACUCAUCAUAGCAAGAACAACAACAAAAAAAAACAACAACAUACAUAUGAAUUUUGAUCUGUCGUAUUACCAGAAGCUCGUCGGCUCAAAAACAGGCUAUGCAGGUUAUAAAAUUUGCCCCCCACGCCCCUAUUUCACCAAGCCAGUUCCACUUGUUUUUCUUUUACUCAGGUCAGUAGUUGGGUAGUAUUAUUGAAAUAACUUAAAUUCUAUAAAUUUAAAUAAACAAAGGUCAUUAUUACCAGUACAAAUCGGUAUUGACGCAUGAUUUGAUGUCAGGUAUCGUAUUGGUCCAUUUGAAGUAGAAAUUGCUUUGAUAGAGCACAAUGCAGUUGCAGAGGCAGCUGUUGUCAGUAGUCCUGAUUCCGUUAGGGGAGAGGUGAGUAAACUGCUUUUUUCAGUAACUCUCCUGCUCUCAUGUGUGGGUAGUUUAGAGCACAGUAGUAAAUAUAUUCUUAAAUGUGAGGGUCGGAGGGAGAAAAAAGCACUUUAUUUUCGAUCAUUUGAGUGUCAGUGACACUGUUUUUACGUCUCCUACUGGAGACGGGACUGCCAUUUUACAUUGUCAUCAGACCACGCGAAGGUCUAGCCGUUUGCAGGGAUACGGCAAUACCACCAUUUCUCAGUUAUUUUCAAACCCUGAGUAUUGGUCUGGCUCCGUGAAUCGAACCAACGGCCUCCCGCUUUGCAGUCAAGUUCUCUACCGACCGAGCUAAUCCUGUUGUGGGGGGAAUGCCAGUUGACGAUUUUGUCACUGCAAGUUUAAUCCCACAAGGGGAGAGGUGAGGAAAUUGGUCUGCCAUGUUGCAAAUGAUUCAAUUUUAGUGUACAGUUCAGAUGCGUUUUGCAGAGGAAAGUGUAAGGGCUUGUUUACAUGGAGGUGGGGUAACCCGCCUGUCCAUAUAAUCUCUCAUUUUAAUUUGAUUACGUUUACAUGAUAGGUGGGGUGACCCGCCACAUGUUACCUCACCUAUCUGGGGUCUCGCCACCUCCAUGUAAACAGGCUCUUAAACACUAGUUUGUAUUUUAUGGUGUCUCGUCUUGCUUUAUGCAUAGUUAUUAAAGUGGAAUGGUUAUGAAACCUGUUAGUCUCCUUUGUUAUUUGUUUUUGCUAGAUUUUUUGAACUUGACCGUGCACAACGUUCAAUAGCAUUCCUAUCAUUUUAAAUUUACUGACCAAUAGAAGAAUUGCAUUAAUUUAUUCAGUCCAAAUUUGUGAGCAAAAAACAAAGGACUGUGCACGGUCAGGGAACUUCCAACGUAAACUAAAGCACCGUUGUUUUCAACUUUGAUGCGUGUAGGCUUUCACAACCAGUCUCCUCUACUAACUACGCUUUGUGUUAUAGUUUGUAAGUUAUUGAUCCGGUAAGUAGGUAAAAUUGUACAUCCAUGAAAAUAUAUUUAUGAUAAUUGCCAUCCUCGGAGACCCAGGGGCAGAUAGUGGGGGCGAGAGAAAGUCUAAACGGGCGGGAAAAUAUGGCACGAAGAAAAGAAAAGAACGGCGAGAAGAGCCCUUGGGGUUAAUGUCUUACCAGACCAGUUCCAAACUGUCGCGGUCGUUCUGGCUUCUGAUUGGUGCCAGAAAACUUUUGUGUUUUUCUGCCCAAUCAGAAGGCAGAACGGCGGCGACCAUUUGGAACUGGUCUGGUAAGAUAUUGUCCCCAGAGGCUCUUCUCGCCGUUCUUUACCAUUUUCCCGCCCGUUUAGACUUUCUCUCACCCCCACUAUCUGCCACCGGGUCUCCGAGGAUGGAUAAUUGCUGGUUUGUACCUGACGUCACGGCGGCCAUGUUGGUCAGUGGUCACGAACAAAAGCAUUUCUCCCCUCUUGGAACUAAACGCCAUUUCCAAGUAAAUUCUUUUUGAGAAAAUUCUAUUAUAUUGACCCUCAACAUGGCCGCCUAGUCACGCGGUUGGGAACCAAGAUACUUCUCUUUAUGUUACACUCAUUGUUGUCAGUUCUUUCUCUUACUAGGUCGUAAAAGCGUUCGUUAUUCUGUCGCCGCAUUUCAGUGGUGACAAAGUCUCGUUAGUAAAGGAAUUACAAGAUCACGUUAAAGAAACUACAGCACCUUACAAGUACCCAAGAAAGGUUAAACGCGCAGUAUUAAAAGUCUCCGUUGUCGUUUAAGUUUCAAAGGUCGUGACACUGCCUUGCCGAACUCAAUAAAUACCAAGAAAAGGCAUUAUGAUACAGCCUGAUAUGCGCGUUCUCUCGAUUGGAGACACGGCGAUGAUUAAAGUCAUUCCAAAAGUUUGCGGAUCUUUGCUGACGUCAUUGUUUACAUUUUUGCUCAUUAGCGUACGACUUUACCCAUCGUAUGCACAAAUUAAAUUCAAAAGUUGAAAGAGUUGGUUAAUUUAAACAAUUUGUGCAAUUUUCAGCUUUUUGCAAGCAAUAACAAAGAAAAUAGCAGCCAUCGAAUUUGCCAGGUGGCAUAACGUUAAUGAGCCCAUACAAUCUUUGUAAACUUUCGAGUUUUUCAAAGUUAAUUUCUCCGAAACUAUUCGGUAUAUCGGGCACAAACUUUCGCAGAUAAAGUGAUUUUAAUUAACCCGUGAAAAAGGUAGUAGAAUACUACGCACUUUUAUGCACUAAUUCCAUUGUCUUGUUUUGUUUACUAGUAGCUGUUUUGCAGUAGUUGUUAGUAUCUGUUUCACAGGCCAAGUAAAAUCGCUCUAACUGAAAUUAUUAUGCUCUUUCAAUAGUCAGAGAGUUUAUUUUAAUCGCUUGAUCAGAGAAUGAAGUGCAUAUGCUAAUGAGGUAAAAAAUGUAAACAAAGAUUCGCCCAUACAUUCGUAGUGCUAAAGUCGGCUUAGCACGACACGACUCACACGAUCUUUGAAAUGGUCCGUCAGUCACUUGUCAGUUAGAUGCUAAAUAAAGAAAAAUAUAUAAUUUCGUGUAAUAAAAAAGGAUUUGUAUCACUGGAUGAUUUACAGCUCAUGAGUUACCCGAUUUCAGUACUUAUUACAAUUUAUAACGAGAACUCAAAGGAAGUAAAAAAUGUAAAGCUACUCAAAUGUACAAGAAAGAGUUAUUUAUUAAUACAAAAGUGAAACUUCGAUUCUUCAAUGAAACUAUUUGUUUGCAUUUUCUUAUAUGGCUCCUCUUCAACAGCAAAGCUAAGGCUAGUCAGAGGGAUGCUGCAGUUUUCUGACUGUAGAAUUUCCUUGCAGGUUAUGUAUUUAUUAUUAGUUAUUAUUAUUAUUAUUAUUAUUUUCAUUAAUAUAUCUAUUGUUUAUCACUCCCUUUGAAGUUUUCAAAUUGCUUUUGCAGAUUGAGUUUGUGGAGACUUUACCCAAGACAGUCAGUGGUAAGAUUAGAAGAGUGGAAUUAAGGGAAAAGGAGUGGUCUUAGAUUGCCUGAUAGUACAUACACAUCUACUUCUGUUAGAAUCAUUGACAUGUCACGCCACGGAAAGCACGGAAAGAGUUUGAAUAAUAACAGAGGAACAUAGGCGCAGCUUAUUACAGGGCAACGUUACCAUGGUUACAAGAUAUGGACAAACCCAAAGAUCUAAAGUCCUUGCAACAGUGGCACUAUAUGUUUGCUACAAUGGAAACGUUACUAAAAUGUUCAUAACACAGUAUACGUAAAAACCGCCAAGUAAGAACCUAGUUUUUAAGAAUCUGUUAGGCUAACAUUUGCCAGUUAGACCCCCUGUUUACCGCAAAAGACUGGAAUGUGAAACAGAAUUUUAUUGUCAAAAUUAAGUACUUGUACGUUACGUUCUGAAUGAGACUUCAAAAUUCACGUGAUCAGUGUUUUAAUAUUUCUUAUCUGGGCCAUUUUUACAUAAUUACUUACUUGGCAUGAAUAUUUUAAGUAAGCAAUAGGCAAAAAACAACUAAUUCUAUUGAAUACAAUAAGAACCUGAAAAAACGUAAUUUGUGCAAAUUUCCAUUUAUGUAAAAACCUGUUUAGGGUAACUUGGGAAAAUACAGGUUCUUAUUCGUGGGUUUUGCUUUCUUACGGGAUAGUUAUUCUGCCAGGAUGCUUUCUACAUCUACAUCUACAUUUAUUAAGUUGAUAAAAUCUUGUAAGACAUCACAUCAACUAAUUAUUUAUCAUUUAU